UAGGAACCUGUUUGAUGCCCUGCAGGGUAGAAGCACCCUCCCAUUUUGUCAGCCUUCCCUCCCAUAACAAGGCUGGGCCCCAAGCUGAGAUCGUCUGUGCGCUUUGCCCAGUGCCCUCCCUGCAGAUCCGCUCACAGCGACGGAGGACGGAGGCUGCUGCAUGCUUUAAAAGGUGUCUCCGCAGAAGGAAAUCCACCCGUGUUGCUUCUACUGUGUUCCAUUUUUGUGUCAAACCCUGGAAACUGCACAGUGAGGGAGCCAGUGUGAAUCAUGUUGUCUCUUGGCGCCAUGAAAGAUGGUGUCAUCCUACCCAGCGAGGAAGACCGGAAACGGAUUAUUACCCAAAUGAAAGUAAGGACAACUCUGAAAGGGGACAAGAGUUGGAUCCAUCACAGGUCUGAUUCUGAGGAGAAGCAGAACCACCGUCCUUUGGUACCUUGUACAGCACCAUCUUCCCACAGAGAACAAGAGUCUCCUUCAGCACAUAAAAAUCUUUCCCCAAAUUCUUCUACUGCCACAUCAUCUUCUGGGUAUCUCAUCAGGGGAGUUUUCACCAAGACCAUUGAUAAGUCAUCUCCGUCCAAGGCAACAUCCAAUGGGACUCAGAAAAGUGUCAGGAUCCCAAACCAGACCUCCCCUUCCUCCCAAGGGCCCAAGAUGUCCACUGAAGAUUACAAAAAACUAGCUCCCUACAAUAUUAAGCGUGAACUGUCACACCCAGGAGAUGGACAACCCUCUGUUUCUCCAGAGGAGCAGAAAAAGAGGACAGAAGCCGCUAGUAGUGUCCUGAGGCGAACGGCUGGCAGGGAACGCUCCUAUGUCCUUUCAGCGGCAAAGAAAAGUGGAGCAAGCCCAACGCAAGAGGUACCAGCCAUUGUGGCUAAAAAGGUUGAUGUACCAAAUGACUUCAGUCCACGAUCCAGAAGUCAGACUGUACCUGCCUCAGCAUGGUUUAACAGUCGUGGGAAAAGCACUAACGGAGAAAGAAGAACCUCAGAGUCUCCCCAGAAUGAAUCAAGGUUGGCCAAUAUUUCUGUGAGGACAAGUGUUGAUACAACCACCAGCAGAAAUGUGGCCUCGAAACCCUACCUUGAAACUUCAUUCAACUACUCCAUAUCUGUGGAGAGCAGUAACAAGUCAGACGAGAAGUGUGAAAUGAGUUCUGGACAUGAUUCUGUCCCCAGGAUCUCUACUUCUCCAAAGAGAAGCGAGAAGAAUGAAAUGCAGAGUCAAAUGUUUUUUGACAAAUCUGCCCUGGAGCACAAACAUGACGUCUCCAAUGGAGAAAGAAAACUUAAGGAUCCGGACUCAAAAGCUGCAGAAUUCUGCUAUCAUCAGCCAGCCGCAGAAAAGGAAAACACUGACGUAUCCCCAGGAAUGGGGUACAGGACAUCUCACCUGGACAACAACGAGGGUUUUGACUCAAAAAGGUCUGAGCUACAGCCUGGAGAAAAUAGUCUGAGUACCACUGGAAUCCAGUGUGAACUUCUAAGUAGUCCCAAGAGGGAGGAAUCGGAUGUGGAGAUUUCCAGGUACAGUUCCUUUGCUACAGAGAAUAGAAUUACCUCCCCGCAGUACCAGUACAGAGAUCAGAGAUCAGAUGAAGAUUCAGACAGUGUGUCUUACUACCCCUUCAGAGAUGCUGGGACCAGUAUGCCAAAAAGCCAUAGAGUGCCUUUUUAUAAGAACAUCUGUGACACAGAGACCGGAAGGAAUUUUACUGAUUCCGAGGCAAAAGAUCUCCCUGCUUCCUUUGAACAGAAGAAUUUUUCUAACUAUGAUUCAGAUCCCUCUGCAUCAGGCAAAGGCCUCCUCUUUGUGAAAGAAUCCAUCAAAAGCAUGGAAUUGUCCUCUUCUCCGCGUUACAACAGUCGCAGCCUGGUUGACUUGUCUGAUCUGGAGAAUCCAAGCUACAGCAGUACGAGCUACGUGAAUAACACAUCUCCCAAAAGGUCUCUGGAAGAUAUUUGCACUUACUGUGGCCGAGUAAUCCGCAACUGUGCCAAGAUAUCUAUUGAGAACCUCAACAUCAGCUGCCAUGAAUACUGCUUCAAAUGCGGAAUCUGCCACAAGCCAAUGGGAGAUUUCUUGGAUCAAAUCUUCAUUCAUCGGGAUAUUGUCCACUGUGAUAAGUGCUACGAGAAGCUCUUUUAGAUUCCAUGGAUUGGACAAGUCUGACCGAAGAGACGCCUGCCUUUAUCUGUCUGCCUCGUUCUCCUGAGGACUCUUUGAUCCAGCAAGCAUCCUCUUUCCCCAGCCGUCUUCCUCCUUCCUCAUCUUCAGGCAGGCCAAGUAGUUUACAUUCAACAAUGAUGAAGUUAAUUCCUUGAGGAUGCCUACAUCAGGAAGAGGAUGUAUUGCUGCCUGAGUUUCAACUGUCUGCAUUUGAGGACUCCUCCUCAGUCUUCGUUGCUCGUCCAGAAGUCCUUUUGUCCUUCCUUCCAUGAUGGCCUCGUGGCUUCGUUCAACUUGGCCAGCAACCGAUAAAAGGCGGCUUUAUAUCAGGAAGGAGAGGAAGCAGGAUCAUGUUUUUUUUU